GUCCCAAGCACAACAUAAACAACGGCAGCUCUGCAGGGUCAGGAGAAUGAUCAGCAGAACCGGGUCAGAGCGCCGCUCCGAGUUCUGUGCUGUGCUGCAGGUCGGGUUCGGGCUGUGAUCGGGUUCGGUACCGCAGGGAUGGAGACUGGGUUCCGGCAGUUAUGGCAGGAGGUCCGCCUCUCGCCGCUCUCCUCGGUGAACAUCGCGGCGCUGGCCGUGUUCCUGGUGGUGUUCUUCUUGUUCAGACACUUCGGGAGAACCAGGCGCUUCCUGAACAUCCCCCCGGGCCCGACCCCGCUGCCCGUCGUGGGGAACUUCGGCAGUCUGGUCGUUCCUCCGUUCGUGCUGAAGCUGUUCGCGCGCCGCGGGGAUUAUGAGAACAGCCAGGCGCACCCGCUGUCCCCGCAGGUGGGCCUGAUGCAGCUCUCCCGGCUGUACGGGAACGUCUACAGCAUCUUCGUGGGGAAUCAGCUGCUGGUGGUGCUGAACGGAUAUGAGAUGGUUAAAGACGCGAUGACCAACUACACAGAGGUGUUCUCAGACCGACCUGACAUCCCUCUGGUUUCUAUACUCACCAAAAGAAAAGGUAUUGUGUUUGCACCCUAUGGCACAGUCUGGAGAAGGCAGCGCAAGUUCUGCCACACGGCUCUACGAAAUUUCGGGCUUGGCAAGCUGAGCCUGGAGCCUUGUAUACACGAGGGCUUCACUAUUGUUAAGGCUGAGCUGCUCAAACGAAGUCAGGAAGCAGGAGCAGCGGGAAUGGACCUGACCCCCUUGAUCAGCAACGCUGUGUCCAAUGUCAUUUCAUCCAUCAGCCUGGGCCAGCGCUUCCACCACCAAGACGAGGAGUUUCGCACCCAGCUGAACCUCAUGGCCAGUGGGCUGGAGAUCAGCGUCAACAGCCCUGCCCUUCUCAUCAACAUCUUCCCGUGGCUGUACUAUUUACCUUUUGGUGUCUUCAAGCAGCUCCGCAAAGUAGAGAGGGACAUCACAGCUUUCCUGAAGAAGAUCAUAGCCAAACACAGAGCCACUCUGGACCCAGAAAACCCCAGGGAUUUCAUAGACAUCUACCUGAUAGAGAUGCUGGCACAGGAAAAAGCAGCAGAGCUUGAAGAAGGCGGAUUCUCAGAAGAAUAUCUCUUCUUCAUAAUAGGUGACCUGUUUAUUGCAGGCACUGAUACCACCACUAACAGCAUACUGUGGCUGGUGCUGUACAUGUCUUUAUAUCCUGAUGUUCAAGAGAAAGUUCAGAAAGAGAUCGAUGCCGUGGUGGGAUCAGGGCGACUUCCAUCUCUGACUGAUAAGGGAACUCUACCGUACACAGAGGCCACAAUCAUGGAGGUCCAGAGAAUGACGGUGGUGGUGCCGCUCUCCAUACCUCACAUGGCCUCCAAGACCACAGAAUUUCGAGGGUACACGAUUCCUAAGGGCACUGUUAUCAUCCCCAAUCUCUGGUCAGUCCAUAGAGAUCCUACUGUGUGGGAGAAUCCGGAUGACUUCUGUCCGUCACGCUUUCUAGAUGAACAGGGACAACUUCUGAGGAGCGAAUAUUUCAUUCCAUUUGGAAUAGGUCGGAGGGUGUGUAUGGGGGAGCAACUGGCAAAGAUGGAGCUUUUCCUAAUGUUCACCUGCAUGAUGCAGGCCUUCACCUUCAGCCUUCCAGAGGGCCAUCAGCCUCCACCCAUGAAUGGGCGCUUUGGCCUCACGCUGGCCCCCUACCCAUACAAAGUCUGUAUAACGCCACGCUGAUCCAGAUCACUAUCAGAUGGCAGGGCCAGUUCUAUUUUGAAACUUGAUCUUAAUGCUAUAGUGCUUUUAUAAAAACUGUACUGGGCUGUGACCAGUACUUUGCACUUGAAACUCAGCUGGCAUCCAUAGGAGGGCUACUGUUCAUAUACAUACCAGUGUGAUUUUAGUUUUAGUUGGAUUGGUUUGUUUAUUGGUUAUUUCAUAACAUCAUUUGAAACAUUUCAAUGUUUUUGUUUUAGGCCUGUAACUGUUUUUAGUGGAUUAUGUAUUGUUCCAGAAAGUAUUGCUGUAAACAAUAUUAUUGUCAUUUUGAGACCAUUUUAUGACACUGAUUUAACGAUAAUAUUCUAAAAUUAUAAUAAUACAGUUACACCCCUUUCAAAAGGGAUGAACUCUUAAUUAUCAGGAAUAUAUAUGGUUAUGUUAAUAUACUGUAAGAUAUGUUGAUAAUGUAAUUAUUGCGAGAGGCAUACUGUUUUUUUAAAAGAUGUUCCAAACUAUUUCAAACUUUUGAAAAGGAAACUAUGGCAUUUCACAACUUUUGAAACUUUUCAGCUUUUGCACUUUCAUAGGAUCUAUGAUGGGACUCUCUCCCUCUUUUACCCUUCGUCUUAAAUAUAUGCACUUUAUUCAAAUGUUGCUUACAUUAAUUUAAUGUAAUAUUAAUAUUUUUAAUUUAUCCAUUUUACCAUUUCAUUUAGGAAUGAAAGGUACAUUGCACCAAAGUUCAUUUCCAUUUUUGUUGCUGUAAAACAAUGAACAAUCAAAUGUAGUUGAUAUUUAGUAUUACAUUUUAUUUCAACACAUUUAUGAUCUGCUGUGAAUUGAUACGGUUGAUACGCACAUUUCAUUUAACAGCCCUCAAAAUGAACUCAUGGAACUGAAAUAAGCAUGAAAUACAAGUAAAACAAUGUAUGCUGCUUUCUAUGCACUUCUAAUGCAAUUUGCUGACCUACUUACAGCAUUUCCACGUGGGUAGAGCCACUUAAAGCCAGAUGCUCAAAAUAUAUGUUAUGAUAAGCUGCAAUAAAGAAAAUAAUGAAAUCACUGUUUUAUUACAGUGGUAUAUGCUGUUGAUACAGCUCAGGCUGUUUAUGGCUGUGUUUUCCUCUUUAUUACAAAUAUCUGCAGAUUUUGCAUGCUGGCUGUCUUUUGAAAUGCACAUUGAACUAUAAAAUGCACCCUUCAGUAUAAAAUACAUUUAUAAAAAGUAUAAAAUAAGACUGUACUCAUGGAUCUCAUGGGUAUGAAUUGUUCUCUGUUUUUUCUGCUUGAUGUCUUGUAACAGGGCCUCAGUGGGAAUGAGGUAUUUGGCCUAUUUUGGACAAUCCUGUUAAAAUAGAGAAAUAAAUAAAUAAAUAAAAACAUG